AUGUGUAGCAGUUUCAGAGAAUUCGUUACACAAGAGGACAGUGACUUGGAUGAAACGUUAGAUUUCAGUGAAGAUUAUAAUGGUGGAAUACAAGAAACACACCAAUAUGUUCCACCAUUAUCUGAUUCGGAAGAUAUAGAAAAUAGCGUCAAUAAUGGGAUUGUUAGGUGUAGAAGGGAAAAUAAACGGCCAAAAAUACUUAGUACUUCUACAGAUGAGGAGGAUUUAAAUUCAAAUUCAAAUUUAGAGAACUUCGAUUCGGAUAAAAUGCUUUCAACGUUGUUAUGGUCGAAGAACAAUUUCAAACCCAUAAUACAUGUAUUUAACGAUCAAAAUUCUGGAGUGAAAGGAAAUUUAGCUCCGGAAUCCACACCUUUAGAUGCUUUCCAACUUUUCUUUUCCGAAGAGUUAGUUUCUCAUAUUACAAAGGAGACAAACAAUUAUUGUACAUUUGUGAUCGAAAAUACUACACCUAAAACGCAUUCUCGUAUUAAUUCUUGGAAAGACACAUCAAUAUGUGAGAUGUAUGGAUUUUUGGCCAUCAUGAUGUUAAUGCCGCGGGUGAAGAAAUUGACUCUAAAUGAGUAUUGGUCGACUGAUCAGAUGAUAGAAACCAACAUUUUUCGAAAAAUUAUGGGACGAGACAGAUACAUGGUAUUAUUGCAAAUGUUACAUUUUAAUAAUAAUAAUGUAAGAAGUGAUGAUCCACUAAUAAAAAUACGACCCAUACAUGAUGCACUUAAGAACUCUUUCUCACAAUCAUUUUACCCGUACGAAAAUUUGUGCAUUGACGAAAGUCUUAUGUUGUUCAAAGGCCGAUGUUACUUUAAACAAUUUAUUCCUUGCAAAAGAAGCAGAUUUGGUAUUAAAUCAUUUAUACUCUGUGAUUGCACAACUAACUAUGUGCUAGAUUUUAUAAUAUAUACCGGAAAAGAUACAGAUAUUGUACGUAAUUUUACAACCAUUGGACAAUCGGCAAAUGUUGUCAUGACACUUUUACGUCCAUAUCUUGGGAAAGGUCAUACAGUGAUAACAGACAAUUGGUACACAAGUCCACAUUUAUAUAAUUUGCUACAUAAACAUAAAACAAAUGCGUAUGAAACAGUACGGAAAAAUAGAAGAGAUAUGCCCCAUAUGGAGGGAAAUAUGAGGAAAGGAAAAUUUGACUACCGGUGUACAGAUAAUUUAUUGGCAUUGAAAUGGCGAGAUAAAAAAGAUGUGUGGAUGUUAUCGAGUGUUCACGAACCUAAAAUGAUAGAAUCUGGUCGAAGAUAUUAUCUUACAGGAUCGCAGAAGUUAAAACCAGAAUGUGUUGCAGAUUACAACAUCAAGAUGGGUUCUGUGGAUCGUGUUGAUAUGGUUUUAAGCACACUUGAUUCAUCCAGAAAAUGUCUAAAGUGGUAUAAAAAGUUCUUUUUCCAUUUAUUAGACAUCUCAUUAUGUAACUCCUAUAUUCUAUAUCAAAGUGUUACCGGUAAAAAACUAAAAUAUAACGAUUUCCACCUGAGAUUAAUAAAACAAAUUCUGCAAAAAUAUCCGCAAAAUAGGAAUCAAGCGGGUGGUGGGAAAAGAAACAUAGAAAACUUACCAUUCCGUCUGACGGAUAGACAUUUCCCUUCGAAAAUUUUAAAAGCAGGAGGCAAUUUGACAAGAAGAAAAUGUGUUGUCUGCAGGAAUCACAAAAAAAGGAGGGAUACACCAUACGAAUGUAAAAAAUGCGACAUCGGAUUAUGUGUUGAUACUUGUUUUGAGAUUUACCAUACGCAAUUGAACUAUUAA